ACAGCACAAGCUAGAGAGAGACAGAAGAGGGAAACUUCAACCCUGAAUCUAAAGACGCAAGGCAGCUUCAGCACUGAAGAUAUUUUGUUCAUUCAUCUUUGUAUAUUGAGAAGAUGGCUAUUUUGUGUGAUAGAGCUCUUUUUCUCUUCUGCUUUAUAGCACAGGUCUUCACAUUAGCCUGGUCCCAAGCUUGUCCUCGUAGGUGCCAGUGCACAGAGGAGCCCCCGAUAUGUCUCCCUGGGGUGCCCCUCAUUCUCGACGACUGCGCCUGCUGCCUCGUGUGCGCGCGCCAGAAAGGUCAGGUGUGUUCUGACAUGAACCCCUGUGACAUGCGUAAAGGCCUGCAGUGCGACUACGCCUCGGAUGACCACAAGAAGACCGGCGUAUGUGUGGCUCAUGAAGGACAAAUCUGUCUUCUGGACGGAGUGGUCUACAAGAACGGCGAGACCUUCUUCCCCAACUGCAAGCACCAGUGUUUGUGCCGUGACGGGCAGAUCGCCUGUAUACCACGCUGUAAUAUGGACGUCAUGUUGCCUGGGCCUGACUGCCCUACGUCAAGGAGGGUGCAGGUCCCUGGGGAGUGCUGCGAGAAGUGGGUGUGUGAGCCCCAGGCGGAAGCCAGUGCACUGGGGGGCUUUGCUAUGGCAGCCUUUCGUCAAGAGGAAACUGCUAGCUUUGAUUCCUGGGACCCCAGCCUAAAUUGCAUUGAACAGACAACGGAAUGGGGGGCUUGUUCUCAAACCUGCGGCAUGGGAGUAUCCACUAGGGUUACCAACAAGAAUCGCCACUGUGAGCUGGUGAAGCAGGCCCGCUUGUGCAUGGUCAGACCCUGUGAGGACCAGCAAGACCAGACAGCUGUCAUGCUGCCAAAGAGAGGCAGUAAAUGCCAGAGGAUGGUGAGGAGCGACACAGCCGUCCACCUUUCUUAUAAGAACUGCACCAGUGUGCACACAUACAAACCUCGCUACUGUGGCUCCUGCACGGAUGGACGCUGCUGCACCCCUCACAGAACCAAGACCGCCUUGGUGGAUUUCACAUGUCCAGGCAGUAAAACCAGCAAGAGGCCUGUCAUGGUCAUCCUGACCUGUGCGUGCCACAAUAACUGCCCACGAGACAACGCGGUGUGGCAACCUUCAGAGCUGACCUACAGUGGCAUGAAGUGAACAAUCUAUGGAAAUAUUCAUUUGAGCUGGAGAGCAGGACCAAUGCCCGUGCAACAACUGUUUAACAUGAGUUGCAUCAACUCUAAACUUUAGUGAGCACUUCUGUUGUAUAUAAAUAGUUCAGAGAGGUCGGAUUUAUGAUUGACGACAUGUGGACACUCUUGUGCACAUGAGAGUCUAUUAUUCUUUUUAGAAUGAAAGCGCUUAAACCUUAGGAGAUGAAGAGGCUCUCUUCUGAUAAAUUGAACUAUAAACUAAAAAGUACUGUUGUUGUGACAAAAAGCUUUAUUUGAGGACCAAGGCAGUGAGAAUAUAAUUUCAGGUUUGCCUUUAACCCUUAACACUUAUUGUAAUAGUUUAUAUCACUGCAAGGGUCGAAAUGAAAGCUUGCAGUGGACAGUUUUCAAGUGUGGGAUGCAUUUUUGAAAUAACUGGACCGUGCUCGACGACCUGGCCCUAAAAAAAAAUGGGCUCAACCUGUGAUCAGAGGACAUUAUUGAGACUCUGUGCCAUUUCUCACGUCUGCCUGAAAUCACCUGCCUUGUUGUAAUCCAUGCAAUUGUUAUUUGCUGGUGUAAAUGACAGGAGAUUUUUUUGCUCUACAGUUGAUUUUUUUCCCCUAUUUUUAUUGUUUUUUUGCACCAAACUUAUAACUGUUACCAGGGAGGUUGUGGUAUCCUGCAAAAAUCAUCUUUUAAUAAUUAAUGUUAAUUAAUUAAUCUCAUAAAUGGUAUCAGCGACUAAAGAAGAGUAGAUGAAUGUAUGUAUGACUGACUGUAUGUUGUUAUCUCCAGCUGGAUUUGACACUGUUUUUAUGAAUUUGCCUUUUUACACCAACACAAUGGAUCUGAAAUAAAAACAACCACAAUAUAAAGUGUAGACACAGCUUUUAUUUGAAAGAUUAGACAAAAAUAUGACAUCCACUGUUUAGGACAGGGGUAUCAAACUCAAUUUACCUGGGGGCCACUGGAGCUAGGGUCUGGGCAAGGCUGGGCCGCAUCAGGUGUUCCAAAAAAAAAAAAAAAACGCAUUUAUUAAAAACAGAAAAAUAUACAAACU